AUGCAUGAUAAAAUCAAAUAUUUAAUCAUCGUGCCAGAUCAUCUUGAGACAGAAUGCAAAGACGAUUUUAUAGACGUUGGGAACAAAGUUGCCUAUUAUGAUGUUACAUUUAUAUUCAAUAAUAACGAAGAAGAAGAUAAUACAGAAACGUAUACAAUUUCGACAUUUAUACGCGAAGUUGAUGAAGCAACGUGUAAAGAAAUUGUACAUGGAUUUAUAAACAUAAAUAAUUGUCAAAAUGGGAUACUUGAAUCCAAUAUAGUUUUUCCUAAUAAGAAUCCAACGAAUAUAAAGAAUUGUCCGUUAAAUAUUGGCAUGGGAACAUUAUAUCCAUUCUCCAUUAUUCAAGACAGGGACAUACUUAAAACUUUUGACAAAUUAAACGAAUCACAAAUAAGAGGAUCGGAUUUGGAACUAGUCAAAAUAGCAGCUAAGCAAUUUAAUGCUACAUUGAACUAUAACUACGUUAGAAAGAAGGAAGAGAAUCCUAUUGGCCAAUACGAUUUUAUACCGUUUAUAAUGAAUGGUAGUUUAGAUAUUUGUGCUGGGGGUUUUUAUAGAAUUUACGGCGAUGUCGUUUCUUACUCCGGCAUAUAUGCCAGACAAGCAGUUAAAUGGAUGUACACCGCAGACAGAAAGGAUAAAUCAUGGCAAAAUCUUGUUCAUAAAGUUAAUGGUCUAUAUAUAUUUAUUAUUUACUACGUCGCAUAUAGUUGUGUUUGGUGGUUGAUUCGUAAAUUUGAUAAGCAAUCUGUGUCAGCCACAACUACUUUGAUUUUCGCUUGGGGUGCGCUUGUAGGAGCCGGUUCACUUCAAGAUACAAGAUCACUAAAGCAAAAAAUUGUAAACUUGAUGUAUUUAAUAAUGUGCCUACAUUUAUCAGCCUAUAUUGCAGCCCAAUUGUACUCAUUCUAUACAAUCUCAGAACCUCCAGAAAGGCUGGAAACGAUCAAUGAUAUAAUGGAAUCAGGAAGACCAACCUAUUUAGUGCCUGUAGUAAAAUACUUUGUGAUUGACGAGAAUUUUAGAAAAUAUGCCAACCAAUCAAAAGAGUGCGAUACGUUUUAUGAUUGCUUUGAAAAAUCUUUAAUAUAUAAAGGCAUGACGUUACUUUUGCACGCAUUUUUUGCUAACUACCAAGCAAAAUCGGCUGUUGGUGAUGAAGCUAGAAUUCUUUGUACUACGCAAAAUGUCCUUACUGUUUAUUACGAAAUGUUAAUAAGAAAAAAUAGUCCAUAUGUAUCUAAAUACCAAGACAUUAUAGUGAGAUUAUUCGAAGCUGGAAUUCCUGAGAAACUCUACAUAGAAGCAAUUGGCCUAACAGUUGUUGGAAGAGCUGAAAGUGCAAGUAAAAAUAUAAUUGCCAACAGUUAUAGUUGUCAGACAGGUUGUACAGUAACUAUAAGACAAUUGGAUGGAGCUUUCUACAUCUGUGAUCAUCUAUCACACAGCAGAAUGUGCUUUCCCGAUAGACAUAGUGACUGAAACAAACAGCAAUCUGAAGUCUAAGCGGCCAGCUAUCAUCGCGAUGAUACCUGAUAAGGAUCCCAUCAUAUCCAGGAGAGGUCACCACCAAGG